UUUAAGCAUGAUCAACUAGGCGUCACUAACAUGCACUCAUACAUCCGGUUGUUGUAUGACAGAGUGUUGCGCGGGACUCCGUUGUCUAACAGAUUCCGUUUCGUGUCUUCCGCCCACUGCAGCGGAAUGGCAAUUGCUUCGGAACCGGAAUCAGUUAGACAGCGCUUAGUAGAUAGAUUCAUGUCCACCGGCAAUACAGAAAGUCUGCAUCUUUGGGCGUAUAAUACCCGACCAGUAGGAGCACACUGGUUGCUGCUUGCUAUCAACCCUAUAAGGGAAGUCGUGUAUUAUCUGAAUUCGGUAAAUGGUGAAUGGACCAAUUAUCAGGCCAUGAAGGACAUCGUUGAUUUGUAAGUGGGAUCGUUCUAAAUAUAUAUUCGUGUAUAUUUAUAU